GACCUACAUCUUGUGACUGUAACACAUUUCGACGCGUCAGCGAUCGAUACCUCUUCCUCAUUCACGAACCAUGUUCCGGAACACCUACGACUCGGACAACACUGUUUUCUCGCCCCAAGGUCGCCUUCACCAGGUCGAAUAUGCCCUUGAAGCCGUGAAGCAAGGCUCUGCGGCUCGUUCUGCCGGCGAGCUGGCUUCAUACCAACAGAAGAUGUUCCGGAUAGAUGACCACUGUCAUAACUUCAUGCGCCAACAAGCAAUGUCAUCAAGAAUGGUAUUCAACCGCCCCGUUCCAGUCAAUAGGCUCGUGUCUGCAAUGGCAGAUAAGGCCCAAGUCAACACCCAGGAAUACGGUCGACGUCCUUAUGGUGUUGGGUUCCUCGUCAUUGGACAAGACCAAUCUGGACCUCACCUCUAUGAGUUUUCACCUUCUGGAAACUCGUAUGAAUAUUAUGCGAUGUCGAUUGGUGCCAGAAGUCAGAGUGCGAAGACUUACCUCGAGAAGCAUUAUGAGAGUUUUGCUGAUUGCGACUUGGAUGAGCUCAUUCGACAUGGGCUGCACGCUCUGCGAGAAACGCUACAGCAGGACAAGGAACUGAACAUCAACAAUACUUCAAUCGGUAUCGUUGGUCCUGCUAGUCCUAACGAAACCGGUGUAUCUCCGACUGGCGCAUUCCGUAUUCUCGAAGGUGAAAAAGUGGAUGUCUUCAUCAAAACUAUGAUACCAAAGGAGACGGAUGCCCCUGCGCCAACAACGACUGACGAAGACGUGCAAAUGGCUGGAUAAAUGAUGCUGUAUCAAUACAUUCA